CAGAAGAGGGCAAAAAUAUUUACGAAAAGCUUAGAAAAUGCAAAUCGGCUCGGGAGUCAUCCUGGUUCUGAGUUUAUUGUUUCUGGUGGACAGAUCUUUGUCUCAGUCACCAAUAAAACAAAACAAAACUAAAGUCCUCAUCCUUGGUGCCGGACUGGCUGGAAUGAAAGCAGCGAAAACGCUAUUGGACAGAAACAUCACCGACAUUCUGAUUUUGGAAGGGAAGAAUUACACUGGAGGAAGAGUGCAUGCAAUCCAGUUUGCUAACCACUCCAUUGAAGUGGGCGCAAACUGGAUUCAUUUUGUGAAUGACGGCGACACUAAACCUAUUUUGGAUCGAAGGGACGCAAAUAAAAUGCAUGGUCUUGACUCUAAUUACUCAGACAUACUGGUGAGGGACGAAGGGGGAAACGAUAUCACUGAUUUUGCAGUUCUACGUGAGUAUAAUGACAGAAUCGAGCACAAAGUUGAAGAUUACAUAGAAAAAAGGGAAGGCCAGCCAGACUUCCCCGCCCGAGUUGGUAUGCAGCUGAUGGGAUGGUCAGCUAAACAACCCAUAGAAAACGUCAUUGAAUAUUUCAACUUCGAUUUCGAGUUCGCGAAGCCUCCAGAAGAGGUUUCCUUUUUCAGUUUGUUCGAGCGCGGAGAAGACUUUUUCAUCGCUGAUGGGCGUGGGAUAUGGUCCAUGUAUGAGGAUCUUCACAAGCCAUUGGAAGCGAAAACUUUACUGGGAAAAUUAAUCACAAAAAUCAAGCGUAAUUCCGAUUCCGUUGAAGUACAGACCUCCGAUGGUUGGAGUUACGUGGCAGAUUACGCUCUUUGUACAUUCAGCUCCGGAGUUCUGGCAAGCGACUUGGUUACUUUUGAGCCAGCCCUUCCAGAUUGGAAAAAAGAGGCCAUUUUCAAAAACCCGAUGUCGUCGUACACGAAAAUUUUUCUAAAAUUUCCAAAGAAGUUCUGGGAUGAUCACGAAUACAUCCUUUUCGCUUCCAAACAGCGCGGGCGUUUCCCUGUAUGGCAGGACCUGUCAAGACCUGGGAUCUUUCCCGUUUCGAGUGGAAUGCUACUGAUCACCGUGACAGGGGCUGAAGGACGAAGGAUUGAGGGACAAUCAUUUAACGAAACAAAGGCAGAAAUCAUGGGAAUGCUGAAAACAAUUUAUGGAAAGACAAUCCCUGAGGCAACAGGUAUCUACUAUCACCGCUGGUCAAAAGAGCCGCUGACGCAGGGCGCGUAUUCGGAUGCAGUAGUGGGUAUGACUUCUAAGGACUGGGAGAACAUUGGAAAAAACCUGGGGCGACUGUACUUUGCUGGCGAAGCGACGAGCAAAGAGUGGUACGGCUACAUGCAGGGUGCUUACCUGACCGGCGACGAGAAAGGGAAGAUGAUCGCUGAAAAAAUAUCUCCGAGUGAAACUUCCGGCAAGCCAGGAAAACCGAAGAGUGAGGCAACACUUGCCAAGCUGUCCUCAAUGGGAAUAUUGUUGCUCCAGUUGCUCCCUCUUUGUUUCAUAUCCAUGUGGUAUUAAACGAUGAAUUGUCAUUGGCCCUGAUAGCCUUGAAGCAGCCUUACUGAGUGAAUUAAUUUAACUGUAAUUUUGGUGAAACAUGCAUAUUGAGUAGAGGAGCCAUUAGGUGUAGUAAUGUGCUCUAUAGGAUGAGUUUUUAGCUUUGUGUCUGCUGUUCAAUAGAUCGUAAGUAAGGAACAAAUCUAGAUGCGUGUAUAACUCAGCUUAUCAUGUCAAUAUUGUAUUAGUGACACCUUUUUCUGUUCCAUCAUAAAGGUUCAUUUUACAAAGUC